AUGGUCGGGGCAGAGUCCCAGGUGUUGCCGGAUCGACACGAACAGGUAGCGGCUAGAGAUACGACGCUGAGAGCACAAGAGCAGCCCCUCAAACACCACGCGUCCUACGAGCCUGGCUACAAAGUCGGCUCGACGCCAUCUUACGCGCACGAUUGGUCUUCCGCCGGCGUUGGCGGAAAGCUCAGCACCCAUGGAAGGCACUUUGUAGACUCCUUCGGACGCGUGUGUCAUCUGCGAGGCGUGAAUAUUUCCGGAAAUAGCAAGGCGCCAGUCAAUCAUGAUCACGACACUUUCCCGGCUAAUCACCACGGCGUAACAUUUGUUGGGCGACCUUUCCCAUUGAACGAAGCGCACGAACACCUUGCCCGGCUGCGGAGGUGGGGAUUGACAUUCGUGCGCGUAUUGGUCACUUGGGAGGCUAUCGAACACGAGGGACCAGGAAUAUACGACAGGGAUUAUCUGGAGUAUCUCCAUACUCUCAUAUCACUCUUUCCCCUCUACGGCAUCACAUGCUUCGUGAAUAUGCAUCAAGAUGUCUGGUCUCGGUACUCCGGCGGAUCCGGGGCCCCUGCUUGGACGCUCGACGCCGUAGGAUUCGACUUGCAUGCGCUUGAAGAGUCGGGUGCAGGUUGGCUCAAGGGAGUGCGCGGAGGAGGCCACAUCGAGGCUGAACGCGGCCUGUGGCCUACCGGCUAUCAAAAGCUCUCCGCAGCAACGAUGGCGACACUGUUCUGGGCAGGCGAUGUGUUCGCUCCAAAGUUACGGAUACGUACACGGGAAGGCAAGGAAACGUCAGCCCAGCAGUUCCUACAGAAUGCAUUCUUGGAUAUGUGGGAGGUCGUUGCGCGUAGUCUGGGAGAUCUUGACGCCGUACUCGGGUUUGAAAUCAUGAAUGAGCCACAUCACGGAUACAUCAACUUGCCUUCUCUCCACGGCUUCAACUACAAUACCGAUCUUCACUUGGCACAUGUCCCGAGCGCUCUGCAAUCCUUCAUGCUGGGGUCAGGAUACCCAACGGAAGUUGGCUUCUGGACACGGUCAUUUCCUUUGCCGACUCGUCUUACGUCUACCAGCGUGCUGAACUCCACGAGCCGGAAGGCAUGGCGCGAAGACGGCCCAACUGGUGGCCGCGACUUGUGGGAGAUGCACGGCGUUUGGGGAUACGAUGUACAGAAGAAGAUGGGCGUCGUCCUGCGCGAGAACUACUUCGUACGCGACCCCAUGACGAACAAGCCUGUUGACUACUACACUGACUUCUACUUCCCUUUCAUCAAUCGAUGGACGAAUCGAGUCAGGUCUGCGUCCAGUGCGACGUCUGACAAGUUCGUGUUCUGCGAGCCCAUUCCGAACGAGUUCUGCCCGCGAUCGUGGGGACCGGUACAGCCUCCAGACAUGAUUUACGCGCCACACUGGUACGAUCUGCGGGUCUUAUUUGAGAAGGCGCAUGGCGACUUCUCCGUGAAUGUACAGGGCCUAUCGCGAGGCAUGUUUCUACCGAAAGCAUUGUACUGGGGUCAGAUAGGCGCGCGAGAUAACGUAUCGCUUCAGAUACGGAACAUCGUUGAAGAAGGCUACAAGUCACUCGGAGAGCGCCCUGUCGUUAUCGGAGAAUGCGGUUUACCGAUGGACAUGAACAAAGGCGAGGCGUUCAGAACCAAUGACUUCAAGUGGCAAAGCCGGAUGAUGGAUGCCAUGAUGACUGGGUUGGAGCGCUCGUUGGUCAAUUUCACACUGUGGAACUACAACCCAGAUAACGAUGAUGAAAGGGGCGACGAUUGGAACGGCGAGAACUUUUCAUGGUUCAGCCAGUCGCGUGCCUCGCCCGAGGCGCGCAAUGCGCUGGAGCAGUCUUCGGAUGCCCUUGACAAGGGUGGCCGCAUUCUCGAAGCCGUCGUUCGCCCAUACGCAGCGAAAACUGCAGGUAUACCUCUCCACAUGGCAUUCGAGAUGGCCACCGGUGCAUUCUCCUACAGCUGGGCCGUUCCGACUGCAGAGAAAGACAAGUUCCCUGGUAGCUCCAGCGUUCACGACCCGCCGCGUAGUGGACAUAUUCCGCUCACAGCGCACGAGACAGAGAUAUUCCUUCCUGCAAUGCUCACGCGUGGCAGGAAGGUCGCUGUGCGAGGGCUGCACAGCGACGAUGCUUGGGUGCACGACGAGAUGCGCCAGACUCUAUACGUCUUACCCAAGGAUAAGUCACCUGGCUCGGUGCACCAGAUAGAAGUCACCCUUGACCCACCAUUGGAGCUGUUUGUGCCGAACGACUUCUGGAGCGACUUCGGUGUCUACGUGAAGGCUGCAAUUGCGGGUGUUCUUGCAAUUCUCCUCCUACUAGCCGCGCGUUGA